AUGACCCAGAACAAGACCCUCAUCUUCAAGAAGAUCCCAACCGGGCUUCCCGUGGCUGGGGAGCACCUGGUCAUCGAAGAUCAUCCUAUCGACCUCGAUGAGGCUGCCCCUGAGGGCGGUCUAGUUGUCGAGAUUCUCUACGCUUCUUUCGACCCUUAUCUGCGAGGCAAGAUGCGAGACCCCAGCAUCAAGUCUUAUUCUCCUGCUUUUGAGAUUGACAAGCCAAUCACAAACGACACCGUCGCAAAGGUCCUCAAGAGCGACACCUCGGAUUUCGCAGAGGGCGAUCUCAUUGUGGCUUAUCUGCCCAUUGCCCAGUAUGCGCGCGUGCCCAAGGACAGCCCGACAAGAGCCAGAAAGAUCAACAACCCGCACAACCUGGACCUCGCCCUGUUCCUGGGACCUCUCGGAAUGCCAGGCCUCACCGCUUGGGCUGGUCUGCACAAGAUCGGCCAGCCGCAGAAGGGUGAGACCAUCUUUAUCAGCUCCGCUGCUGGUGCUGUGGGUCAGAUUGUUGGCCAGGUGGCCAAGCGGGAGGGCUUGACCGUCAUCGGCUCUGUUGGUUCGGAUGAGAAGCUCGACUUCAUCACCAAGGAGCUUGGAUUUGACGCCGGUUUCAACUACAAGAAGGAGAGCCCCAAGGAGGCUCUUCCCAGACUUGCACCCAACGGCAUCGACAUUUACUUUGAGAACGUCGGUGGAGAGCAUCUCGAGGCAGCCCUCACCAGCAUGAAUCUUCUUGGAAGAAUUCCCGUCUGUGGCAUGAUCUCAUCCUACAACACCCCUGCCAGCCAACAGACCGGAAUCAAGGGUCUCAUGCAGCUCAUCACCAAGCAAAUCACCAUGCAGGGUUUCCUCGUCGGCAACCCCAAGUUUGGCCCAGCCUAUGCCAAGGAGCACCAGGAGAACUUGCAAAAGUGGCUGGCGGACGGUAGCGUCAAGGCCAAGCUCUCCAUCACCGAGGGAAUUGACAGCGCCGCCGAUGGACUUAUUGGAAUGCUCGAGGGCAAGAACUUUGGCAAGGCUGUGCUGAAGAUUUAA